CAAAAAGCCAUUCCAUUUUGCCGUUUCCCUCUCAAAACACCGGCGCUACAUUUUCUCUCUCCCUUAACUCCCAGGGUUUCAAAUUCUCAAAAUUUUUAUCUCAAUUUUUCGCAAUCUUUAGAUUAGUAAAUGGCGAACAUGAAUUUGAGCGAAGGUGCAAUAUCAAAGAUAACAAGCGGAGGGGCAACAGCAGCAGAACUGAAGCCAACGCUGCAAGUGACGGAGCUGAAACAAGUGCAAACCAAACAGCCGCAACAGAGUGAACGUUUCCGAUUGAUUUUAUCCGAUGGGUCCCAUUUGCAACAAGCAAUGUUGGGUACUCAGAUUAAUCACUUGGUUAAAGAUGGAAACUUGAGACCUGGUUCUGUCGUUCAGUUGAUUCAGUAUACUUGUACCACUGUUCAAGGCCGCAUGAUUAUUAUCAUCCUGGAAUUGGUUGUGAUAAUUGAAGAGUGUGCUAUCAUUGGAAAUCCGGUAUCAGCACAAAAGACUUUGGGGCCUUCACAUCCCUCCACUGAUCAACCAGUUAGCAGCCCAGCAAAUCCUCAAUCAUAUGGUAGUGGUUCACCUGCUGGUGGGAUGGUUGAAAACCCAAAUUUGAAUGUGUCAUCUCUACAAAACCCUAGAAUGAAUCAGUUACAUGGCAGUUCUCAUCCCAGCAGUUAUGAUUCAGGAAGAUAUGUUACAACAAAUGCACCUCCAUGUCACCUGAAAGCAGAACCUGGUUCUGGGCUUCCUGGAUCAGCUUCAAUGAAUAGGUCAUACAAUGAGCAGAGUGCAGGCUUUUGCAACCCUAGACCAGAAAUUCCACAGACGACUGGCACCUAUCCCUAUCCCCCCUGUCCAGCCUAUCAACAACCACCUCCAAUGUACUCUAAUAGAGGACCAGUGGCUAAAAAUGAAGCUCCCCCCAGAAUUAUGCCAAUUUCUGCCCUCAAUCCAUACCAGGGAAGGUGGACAAUUAAGGCAAGAGUGACAGCAAAGGGAGAGCUGAGGCACUACAAUAAUGUUCGUGGUGAUGGGAAAGUGUUCUCUUUUGAUCUUCUUGAUUCUGAUGGUGGAGAAAUUAGAGUUAUCUGCUUUAAUACUGUGGCCGACCAAUUUUACCACCAAAUAGAAGCUGGGAAGGUUUAUUUAAUUUCCAGGGGAAAUUUAAAACCUGCUCAGAAGACUUUUAACCACCUUCACAAUGAUCUAGAAAUCUUUUUGGAGAGCAACUCAGUCAUCCAACCGUGUUUUGAGGAUGAUGACGCAAUACCAAGGCAGCAAUUCCAUUUUCGUCCCAUAAGCGAAGUUGAGGGGAUGGACAAUAACAGUGUUGUGGAUAUAAUUGGUAUGGUGUCUUGUAUUACUCCUGUGGCUUCAAUAAUGAGGAAAAAUGGUACUGAAACUCAGAAGAGAACCCUGCAGUUGAAAGACAAUUCAGGCCGUAGUGUUGAAUUAACAUUGUGGGGAAAUUUCUGUAACGCAGAAGGACAAAGGCUACAGAAUAUGUGUGAUUCUGGUGGUUUUCCUGUUCUAGCUGUUAAAUCUGGUAGAGUUAGUGAUUUUAAUGGAAAGGCAGUGGGGACUAUCUCUACAAGUCAGCUAUUUAUAGAGCCUGAUAUUCCAGAGGCUCGCAGGCUGAAGGAAUGGUUUGAAAAGGAAGGGAGGAACACCCCUAGUGUCUCUAUUUCGAGAGAACUGUCAAGUGUUGGUAGGUCAGAGAUUCAUAAAACUAUUUCUCAAAUCAAGGAUGAGAAGCUAGGGACUUCUGAGAAGCCAGAUUGGAUCACUAUCAAUGCAACUGUGAUAUAUAUCAAGGCUGACAAUUUUUGCUAUACAGCUUGCCCUAUCAUGGCUGGUGAUCGACCUUGCAGCAAGAAGGUUACAAACAAUGGAGAUGGGAAAUGGCGGUGUGAGAAGUGCGAUCAGUCUAUGGAUGAAUGUGAUUACAGAUACAUACUUCAGCUCCAAUUGCAGGAUCAUACUGGCAUUACAUGGGUGACUGCAUUUCAAGAGAGUGGUGAGGAGAUUAUGGGUAUAUCUGCUAAAGAUCUGCACUUUAUGAAAUAUGAAAACCAAGAUGAUGAGAGUUUCUCCAAAAUUCUUCGUCAAGUUUUGUUCAGUAAGUUUGUUAUCAAGUUGAAAGUAAAAGAGGAAACAUUCAGUGAUGAACAGCGUGUAAAGUCCACCGUUGUCAGAGCAGAAAAGGUUAACCAUUCAUCCCAAUCUAGGUUUCUUUUGGAGAUAAUGGAAAAGUAUAAAUCAGGAAAUUCUAUUCCUUCUGCCUCCAAUGUAGAAUCUAACUAUCCCAAUUCUGGUGCAAAUACUGGAAUUGAUAGUAUUGGCAGCAGGAUAGGUGGAUCACUAAAUUCUAACCAAGUGGGGAAAAGCAGCUUUGCCGCUAGAGAAUUUGGUUUACAGACAAAUCAAGUGGGUCAGUACGGAAACCAGUUUAGUGCUGGAUAUCCUACACAUAAUCUUUCUUGUAUCAGCUGUGGUGCUACUAGUCAUAGCUCUGCUAAUUGUCCUUGUACCAUUAAUGCUCCAAGGCAGUCUGCAGGUGGAUUUUAUGCCAAUCAACCGUCUUCUUUGGCUGGCAGUGCUGGUGCUGGAGGUGAAUGCUAUAAAUGCCACCAAGUCGGGCAUUGGGCGAGAGACUGCCCCGGGCUAAAUAAUAUUCCUCCAGCUUAUGGUAGCACCGCAAUAUCCUCUGGGAGGUUUGGGGGUGUUUCAAGGUAACAGGUUGGUGAGAUCUGAGGUACCUAAGAAAAUAAGGCAGUAAGAAUUUUGUAACAUAUGGUGUCUGCUUUAUGAGAUAUCAUAAAAUGGGCGAUGGAUAGCUUUUUGUCUUUGUUGUUUGGGUUCGGGUUCAGGUUUUAUGAGCCGUCCUGUACAGAAGAAUGUCUGGAUCACGAAUGGCAUCUUUAGUGACAGCUAUAUCAUCUAUCCCAAAUUAGAUCAUUUGAAUUUUGUGUUUUCAUCUUCGCCUUCUCCAUCUUUUACAAAUAGUUGUUGUAUUUAUUAUGUUUAGCUUCUUCUUGAUACAAAGUUCUCUAAACCAACGAUGCAUGCCAUGCCAUGCCCGUUUCUGCCUGAUUAA